CUACUAUGGUUCUUACUUAUCCAUGAACUUUAACUACUAUGGUCCUAACUUGUCUAUGGGUCCUAGUAACUAGUAACUAACCCAUAGUGACCAUUAGGUUGGUCGAAUUGGUUAACCUGUGGUGCAUAAAUAAUUUUAAAUCGUCUUCGAAAUUAUUAAUUUCGUAUUUGUGAACUUGAAAAAAACAUGUUGCAUAUUUUAAUAAUUGUUAACUUGUGAUUAAAGUGAUUAGCAGUUCUUAUUCAUGGAGAAGCAGAGAAAAUGUGCCUCGUUGUCUGAAAUAAUUCGUCAUCAACCACAGGAAAAUGGAGAAUACGGUAAACCUCGACUAAUUAAAUUAAGUAAAUAUUUUAACGAAAACGCACAACUGGUAGCAGGGGUCUGUCCUAAAUGUUACGCCGAAUGUUCAGAGGUCAAAAUAACAGCAGUGAACAGGAAAUUUUUGAAAAUAACUAAUCAGCAUCGUCUCUUAGAAAAUGUAUUAGCCAAGUUCACAAAAGAAGCGGGAUAUUCAAAAAGGGAUUCGGCCCCAUUUAAUGAAAAUCCAAAAGGAGGCUAUAAAAUAGAUUUACUAGAUUCAUUUGAAAAGAAUAAUAAGAGAAAAUCUAGUUUUGGGGGUGCAGGUAAAGAAAUAGAAGUAAAACAUUCGUAUCCUAUAAGUGUAAUCCUUAACCAAGAAAACUGCGAGGGUAUGGUGGUACAUGUUAAUAAUAACAAUAAUUUAAAUUUAAAAGAAAAUCACAUGUUUGAUUCAGAUGAUCUAAAAGUUAAGCAAGCAAAGCUACUGAAACAAAAGGAUUUUCAUGAUGGUUUGGAUCAUAAUGUAGACUCCUCUACUAAAAUCGGAACAUCUAAAUAUUUCUUAAGAAAUUACAAUGGCAAAUUAGAUACUAUCAAAGAUAUGGAAGAAGUGGUUAGUGUUAGUAAUAGGCAAAAAUUAAUCAAAUUUCACAAUAUUCGUACUGGGAAGCAACCUUCAGAAGCUACAUCCAAGGAUUCGGUUGCAAUGAGUAAAAGAUCCACUUAUUUUUUUCUAAAACAUAACGUCGAUAAAAUGCAAACGAAACCAUUAAAACAUAAAGCAACUACUUAUAAUGAAAUAGUGACAUCAUCGGAUUCUCCGCUCUUAUUAAACAAAGAAGAAACAUCCAUCGUAGUAAAAAGUAGUUCAAAAUUAUCUGUUAAAGAUCAGGAUAUUCGUCUGUCUCAAUAUGUUUCAAGAGCUUUGACAGAUGAGGAAAUAAUGAUCCCUGCAAGUUGUUCCUUUUGUCAAGAAAAAUUGUUACAAAAAUCGCCUCAGUCGUCCACCACAUCUUUAGAUAGUUAUGAUGUUCGUCACGAGGAGAACUGUAAGAGUUACGAGCCAAAAAAGAUGUUGUGGAUGCCUCCAAAAUCCCCUCAUAAUCUCAUUGAGGAAUCGUUGUCCCAUGAUCCAUGGGCCCUCCUGGUUGCUACCAUAUUCCUGAAUAAAACCUCCUGUAUGGUAGCCAGACAGUAUGUGGAAGAGUUCCUUCAGGACAAUCCUAACCCGCAAACAGUUUUAAAAAAGGAUUCCUCAGAACUGGUUAAAUAUUUCGUAAAUUUGGGUCUUCAUCAGAGACGUGCCGAGCAAGUUUGGAGAAUGACUCACGAUUUUCUUCACAAAAAGUGGAACAAGGUUGGAGAAUUGUACGGAAUCGGUCAAUAUGGAGAAGAUGCAUAUCGGAUGUUCUGUUUAGGCGAUAUGAACUUUAGGCCUUGUGACAGGUUUUUGAGAAUUUAUCGGGCCUGGUACAAGAUGAAUUUUAGCCAGCGUGAUGGGAGUUUUUUUAAACUGAGUCAGAAUGAAGACGUCAGUUCGUCGGAAAAUUCCGACUAAAUGAAGUCAAUUGGAGAUUAUAUUUGAGAGGUUAAUCACUAAGAAGGACAAUAAAACUGCUGCAACAAAAUGAAUGCAUUAAAAAGAACAAAAAAGUGUUAAUGAAUCGAUUAAGAGAAACGAAAAUUAGAUGGUACUUGACCAGAACAAACGCCGGAAAAAUAAAAAUGGGUAAGAAAACAUUCAUGUACAGCGUAUUUUUAUUGGGAAUUAUUAUUAAAAAAUAUUAAAUUCUUUGUCGGAUUUAGCAAAACUACAAAAUGAGGAUCAUGAAUUAGUAAAAUUGGUAA